UAUAAUAAGACAACAUAUAAAUUGUUACUCAUUUUGAUACAAUAUGUACCUACUUACAAGGGCGAUGUCAAUAUAAGGAUUUCACUAUGUAAUCUUCGUAACAGUUUGCAACGAGAGAAAAAUACUCCAUCACAACAAAUCAUACAUAUAAUAUGAACUAAUUGGGCCUAAAUAUAUUGUACAAAAGCCCAGACAGUCAUUUGGUGGCUUCACUGCUGUCAUGGAGUUCGAGGGCUUCUUUGAUGUACAUCAAAGAAGAAAAAUAGUCUCAUUCUGCUAUUUUUGGAUGUUAAAAAAAAGUCAUAUUUCUAAAAAUAAAAAAUUUAUCUCUAAACUUUACCCACUUUUUCUCCAUCUGUCUCUUAAUUUACCCACUUUUCCCCAUCUCUCUCUUAAUUUACCCACUUUUUCUCCUUCUUUCCCGAUUUCUCAUUAAAACUCGUACCGUCCACUAAUUAGACUAUUUUUUGUGGACAACAGUUCAUAAAAUCAUGUAAUCCAACAGGGCUGAAUCUUAAUCAGAACAUAGGAGUAUCUAGUUCGAGUGUUCGACUGAAAUAAUUUAUACAUGCACGGGCAACGGGACUAAAGCUUCAAACAACCUAUAUAUCAAUUAUUUGGGCUCGUCAUGGCUUAGCCCAUGAUAUUGGGCCCAAUAUAUAUGUGGGUGUGGGUGUAUUGCCCAAGAAAUUAAUUGCAGCAACUGAACAUGAUGGGCUUUGAUAAUACAACCUCUUUUAGCGAAAAAUAGUAUUUCAUAGUGGAAGUUUAAUGUAAUGUAAAAUUGAUAAAGUAAGAAAAAAAAGUAGAGUAAACAAUUAGUUGGGAGUAUAGUUUAUGCAAAAAUGAGACAUUCCUUAUUAGGGAGAGAAACUUACCAUAAAUCUAAUUUUCUAUUUUGAUGGAUGGAACAAAAAUGAAAAAUCAAGACUUUUUUCAGAGGUAGCAUAUCACAUUUAUCAUAAAGAAAAAAAAUGAUAAAUUUGGAUAGUGGAAUGUAGAUAAUCUAAUUAAUGGAUUUUGUGUUUGGAGUCGAAAACCAGUGAGAUAGAUGGGCUGAGGCCAACUAACCACUUUCCCCUCAUCUGCUUCAAUUAAUGCUUGCAGAUUUUACUUUUGAUUUUUUUCUUCGUCUAUUUAUUAGGGUCUUCAAGUAGUUGGAUCACUCUUUAUUACAUUUAUUAUUACCCUGAUUCGUAGCCUGUCAUCACUGUGAAAAAUGGUCCAUCUCAAUACACCUUUUCCCUUCAAAUGAAAUGAUAUUCCUAGUACUCUCAAGAUCUAUGAUAACCCGUGAAGUUUACGUUUGAAGUCAAUUCAAAUAAUGAUCAUGAAAAAUAGUUAUCUACACUUAUAUUUUGAAGAUAUGCAUACCUGUAAUGAUUGUGGAAGAUGAUGGCUAGUCCAAUUUGCAGGUGUUUGGUGAGAGAGUAGAUUCUGAUUGUGUUUCCAACCAUUAUUGCAGCUGCAUUAAUGAUAUAUGUUAGCAACUGAUUCUCUUCACCCCAACAGUCUUCACACCAAAUAAAUGAAGAAAAAAUGUGACCGAAUUUAUUGGCCGCAUUGCAUAUAAGUAGCAGCAUUGAGGCUCGGGCACAGGGCCAUAGGCAUAUGGCUGCUCUGGAGAUCAAGUCGCCGGUCGAGGCGCCUCACCGGAGGAAGCGGCUGGGGAUGUACUUUCUUGAAUCCGACGACAGGCGGACGGCUCUGGGGGGCGGCUACACGAGCGGAGCAACGCCGGUGAGCAUUCUCGGAAAGCCACUUACCGAGGCGAGCGUGUCCAAGACCGGCGGUUGGGUUGCUGCUUUCUUCAUUUUUGGGAAUGAAAUGGCGGAGAGAAUGGCUUACUUUGGUCUGUCUGUGAACAUGGUGGCAUUCAUGUUCUACGUGAUGCAUCGCCCUUUCGAGGACUCUGCUAACGCGGUCAACAACUUCUUAGGGAUAUCACAGGCCUCGUCCGUGCUUGGUGGUUUCCUCGCCGAUGCCUUUCUCGGGAGAUACUGGACCAUAGCCAUCUUCACCACCAUCUAUCUUGCAGGUUUAACAGGAAUUACCUUGUGUGCAACCAUGACCAGUCUGAUGCCAAAUCAAGACAAAUGUGACCAGAUUGCUCUUCUCAUGGGCAACUGUGAGCCUGCAGAGCCAUGGCAGAUGCUAUACCUCUACGUGGUCCUCUACGUUACUGCAUUUGGGGCCGCGGGUAUUAGGCCGUGCGUCUCAUCCUUUGGCGCUGAUCAGUUUGACGAAAGAAGCAAGGACUACAAGGAGCAUCUCGACAGAUUUUUCAAUUUCUUCUACCUUUCAGUCACCGUUGGAGCAAUCGUGGCAUUCACAGCAGUAGUGUACAUUCAGAUCAAACACGGAUGGGGUAGCGCCUUUGGUUCGUUGGCCAUAGCUAUGGGCAUGUCGAAUCUGGUUUUCUUUAUCGGAACUCCUCUGUAUAGGCACAGGUUACCCGGUGGAAGCCCCCUAACCCGGGUGGCACAAGUCCUGGCAGCUGCCUUUAGAAAGAGAAAGGCAUCAUUUCAGAGCAGCGAGAUAGUCGGGUUGUACGAGCUUCCAGGCAGAAGAUCAGCCGUGAAGGGUAGCAGCAAGAUCGCGCAUACUGAUGAUUUCAGAUGCUUGGACAAGGCGGCUCUGAAGCUGAAAGAAGACGGCGUUGAUCCGAGCCCCUGGAGGCUCUGCACGGUCACACAAGUCGAGGAGAUAAAGAUCCUUCUGAAAUUGGUCCCAAUUCCAGCUUGCACCAUUAUGCUCAACCUUAUCUUAACAGAAUUUCUGACUCUAUCAGUACAGCAGGCCUACACAUUAAACACUCACAUGGGCCAUCUGAAGCUGCCCGUAACGUGCAUGCCGGUCUUCCCUGGACUCAGCAUAUUCCUACUGCUCUCACUGUAUUACUCAGUUUUUGUUCCCUUAUCCCGGAAAAUCACAGGGCAUCCUCAUGGUGCCUCUCAGCUGCAACGGGUGGGCAUCGGCCUGGCUGUCUCCACUGUGUCCGUGGCCUGGGCUGGAAUCUUUGAGAGGUACAGGAGACAUUAUGCCAUACAACACGGCUACGAGGCCAGUUUCCUGACCCCCAUGCCUGACCUGAGUGCAUACUGGCUGCUCAUACAGUAUUGCUUGAUCGGCAUUGCUGAAGUGUUCUGCAUUGUCGGAUUACUGGAGUUUCUCUAUGAAGAGGCGCCGGAUGCCAUGAGAAGUAUAGGAUCUGCAUACGCUGCCGUUGCAGGUGGUUUGGGUUGCUUUGCAGCCACCAUACUCAACAACAUCGUCAAGUCUAUCACUGGCAAUGAAGAGAAAAGAAGACCCACUUGGCUGUCUCAGAAUAUAAACACUGGCCGGUUCGACAAUUUCUACUGGCUGCUUACAGUUAUGAGCGUGAUCAAUUUCUGCGCGUUUUUGUUCGCAGCACAUAGGUAUCAGUAUAGAGCAAAACAGGUGACAGAUACAAGAGAACAAGCAAAUGUGCAAAUUAGCAUCAGGGAUCAUACAGUACCUUAGUAUUUGUUUCUGUAGACUGAUGUUUUAUUUCCUGCUUCCAUUUUCAUGUACAUUGUAACUGCAGCCAGUGUCUUUAAUCAAGCAACGGCAUCUCUUUAAUAGCUCA